CAUACUGUACGAUAGUAGGUACUCUUUAUUAUACUGUGACCGAACUCUACAAUUGCGAUAUAAUUUAAAGAAAGAUGACCGCAAUUUCACUAAUUUUGAUAUUGAUAUUCCCAUUAGGCCCUGUUAACCCUUCAAUUUUCCCAUGCAUGCGACAUACCCCAUAGGCCCAUACAACCCACUAGUCGGGCGCCGACCGCGAGGCAGAGCGCACGCGCGGACUCUUUGUAUUUUGUUUACAACGCCAUUCGUCGCCGAGCCCUCCGCCCGGACCGAACGAAUAUUGUGGACUUGUGAAGUGACCGAUACUCCGGAUUGAAAGGAUUGCUCGAUUUCACGGGAGUUGCGCCUGCGAUGGGAUGGCGGCGGGGUGCGCGCGCGCCGCGGUCGCGCUGCUGCUGCCGCUCGCGCUCGCCGACGUCAUCUUCCGGGUCCCUGAAGUCAUGGUCCGACACGCAGCGAACACAAAGUCAGUAGGCACGGGGCGCACGAACGCGAGCCGCGCCAACGACUCCGACGCGGAGGCCUACGAGGGCCUGCUGGAGGUCCGCUAUGAGGAGUACUUCGUGGAACACGAGAUCUCCACUAUGGACGCUAGGAAGGCCGCCAUAGCACUGGAUUUGGACAAAAUCCCCGACACUCUUCCCGGCUGCGGCACGUGCUCCAAGCGCGAGCUGCAAUACUGCGAGACGCGAGUGCUUGCUGACCACUGCUGCUGCGAGCGACAGUCCUUCCCGGAACCGUUUCCAUGGCUACCACACACCUGUUACAUGGGCCCUGGACGGUGCAAGCCACUGGUACAUGACUGUGCGAAGUACAAAAGGAUAAGGGACUGCUGCUGCUAUAAGAAGCUGGCUGAGAGAUGGAAGCACAUCCUGUCCAGCUCAGGCCGCACGGGAGUCAGCGGUGCCUCUCUCUUGCUGCUGUCCAUGCUGCUCUUCGUGGCAUAUCUGUGACACCAGGCGCCCCCUCCAGCCCGCCUGCCCGUUCCUGUCUAGCCAGCAACUCCUGAAGAUGAGGCUCAGAGUACAACUCUCCUGCUGCUGUCUGUCUUCGUGGCCUACUUGUGACACCAUCAGGCGUCUUCUCCAGCCCACCUGCCAGUCUAGCAUGCAACUCCAGGAGAUCGCUCAGAGUACAUCAGGACGGUCGGAAACUAUCCACGUGUCUUCUGUCUGAGAUAGCUAGCGGUCACAAGCUUAGCGGUCUAUAGCCGUCUUUACCUCUAAUCUCCAGGAUAUAAGGCUCGGAAUACAAAACAAUGGGACGUAUCUCUGCUUUGAACUCGCCCGUGCCGGUGCCAGAACGCGAAUCUCACACAGCUACACACGCUAUCGCUAUUCGCUAUGUGCUUAUCUUACAUGUACAAGCAACAACAUGCACCCACAUGCUAGCCCAGCAUUUCCGAAGAUAAUGUGAGGCUCAGAAUGCCACUGCGAUCUUCGUACUGCGAUAACAGAUGAACCUCGUACGGAUUUCACACUGACCCAUUACGAGAAAAUGGGGGAUGUGACUACUCCUCUUUUUAUUUAGUGACGUUCAGAAUCAGGUGCCGUAGCCCAAUGGCAUUUCUGCGACGCGAAACGAAAACGAAACGCCGCGAAAGGUAGUCUGGCUCUGUCACACCAAUACGCACGAGCGAUAGAGAUAAAUAUCUACGAGAGUUUCGUUUCGUGAGGAUUUCGUGAGCGCUUGUGCCAUUCGGCUACGUACCCUCUGUUCAGUUGGAAUUUGAUAGAACCAAAUGACGACCUUUUAGAUGCCACGAAAGUCUCUUAUGAAAAUAAAAUAGGAGUAAGACCAACUGCUAUAAAAUUAACACAUUGUUGUGGGCAGGCCCCAUUGACCCUUCUAUGGCGAUACAAAAUUGUUUUUUUCGAUAAUUUUCGAUGUUAGAUUAAGACAGCUUAGGCUCGACGUUAGGUACUCAUAACUUGAUCCUUGAAGGAGGAAUUUCUUUGUAAAUAUUUAGCAAUGGCAAUGUAUUCUCAUUAAGAAUAUCUGUCAUUAAAACGGUCCGGGUCCGGGCCGUGGCUUCACACUUCGUUUUCUAUGAAGAGUGAUCAGCUCAUUACAUCACUUGAUGAUUCUGUACCUCUAGAUGGACACGUUAUUUAUCUUACCUUAAACCCUAUAUUUGAACACGUAUAAAUAAUUGUUAUACAUCUACGAAAUUGUAAUAUCAUAUUUAUUACAACAGGGUUUUUCAAUACUAUUUUACUCAAUAUUUCGUCAUGAUGAUGAUGAUGAUGAUAUCCUGUUAUCCCUCAUCAGAGACAUAGGGCUCUCAGAAGGGAUUUCCAUUGUUCGCGGUCCAGCGCGGCCUCCUCCAGCUCCGCCCAGCCGAGGCCAACUGAUGCCGCCUCUUUUUCCACUGUGCUUUUCCAGGUGGUACGUGGGCGACCUUGCCCUCUUUUUCCGGGAAUUUUCCAGGUCAAUCCUUGCUUGGAUAGGUGGUUGUUUGGCCUUCGUAAAACAUGACCUAUCCAGCGCCAUUUCCGCAGAAGAAUUUCUUUGUCUAAAGGGUUUUGACCAGUCAGUUCCCAUAGUCUAAUAUUGGAGAUUUCGUCAUAGAUGCCUUUAUUGCUAUUCAUAUUAUUGAUACUAUAUUUAAAUUCUGAUUGAUAUUUUAUGGGCCUAAUUAAAAUUUCUAUGUGUAUUCUUCUAUCAGGGUAACCACCAUAAUAUUGUGGUUGCAAUUGUCGCGUCGAUAACGAAUCAGUAAACCGUGUACGUCCUAUGUUAGGUAUUUUCAGAUACCGUGUAAUGUAAUGUCGAUGUGAUAAAGGCAACCACAAUGCUGCAUAUAGUGUUAGGUAUACCUACUGUAAUAUUUAUACCUAUAAGUACACCCGUAAAAUUGUAUGCACAAUAUAUUGCUAGGUAACUAAAUGGAAUGCUUCUAUAAAUAACUGUUUAAGAAACCCUGUUAAUAUUUUAUAAUAGAAAUUACUUUGGUAUUACUGAGUCACGUAGGAAAACUAGGUAAAACAAUUGUGUUGGUAUAAUGAAUGUCGUUUCAACCCCCGACAAAAAAGAGGGGUAACUGCGUCCAAAUGUUUCUGAAGUGAGAUAAAAUAGAAAACUCUAUUAAGGGGCAAACCUGGACCAAGGUGCCUUUGCCCUGUGUAUAAUGAAUAUGUAUGUAAAUGUUAAUAUUAGGUAUGUAGUGACAUUUAUCUACACCGUUAUUGAAUUAUCAUCACACAAAAUAACUUUAGCAACAGCUAUAAAAAAGUUUUCAAACUAGUACCUACCUAUUUUACAAAAUACAUUUAAGUUCUAUUAGCAAAAUUACCAAAAUCUUAAUUACCAUUGAAAUACUUACAAUUACAUACCUACUUGCCAUUUUCGAGAUUUUUAUUAAAAUGAAGAGUAACAUUUCCAUUCACAAAAAUGUAAUUUUUUAUCCAUGAAAAUGAAUGUAAAAUAGAGAUUGACCUGAUUUAGAGAAUUGUCACGGUUUCGAAAUUUUCUGGUUUUGAUACGAACUUGGUGGCGUGUUGCUAGCUGACGCGGUUCUUAAUUUCUCACACUUGACUUUCGUUUAAUUUUGCAUGUAUCAAUUCACAGUGUGUGUGAUGUCUCAAUUCGCAUCAAACAAAGAAAAUAUAAGCCAUUUGUAAAAUCAAUAUGCCCUAUUUAAUUUCUUAUUGAUACAUAUUCUCAUAAAAGAUGUAUGUGUAAUCUGCUUUGCGUUGUUUUGCCGGAGUAACCCCGCGAAGGGGAAAUGUCGUAAGCUUAUUUUAUAAGUUUAAGAAGGCUUUGUUUCUAUAAUUUACUUAAGUUUCCUGUUGUAAAUGUUGUUCAUAUUAGUUUAUUAUUUAAUUGUUAGUCCCACGCCAAAGGUGCUUAGCAUAAGAUUAAAUAAUAUAAAUGUUAUAUAUGUCUCUGAAGAUUUUAUUUAUAGAUACUGACGACAAACUGUAUCACAAUAUUUUCUUAAUGAUAGCUGUUAACUAAACGAAUACACUUUGUUUUUAUUAAAUUAUAGACUGGAAAUUAAAUCUUAUACCGUACGUUUCAAGAACAGACAUAAUUAUUUAAUUCUCAUAAAACUCUAAUUAAACUACUUUGAAUAAAAAAAUUGUGAAAUAAUUUCAGACAAAAUAUAUUGUAUAUAAUAUUUAUUUUGAAACUUAAUUGUUGUCAAAGUUCUAAAUAUAAAUAAAGAGUUACCAAAUUUGAA